AGGGAAAUAGGAGCUGUCGAAUCAAUAUCUCAGAAGAGCUCGGCACGGUGGGGUGAAGACGAUGAUAGUGCUAUUGCUGGUCUGACAAAGAAGGACUUGAGAACCGAGAUCAAGAGGUUGCUCUGA